AUGGCCGCCGCCGGCGGCGUCGACGCGCCCUCAUCACCGGCGCUGCCCGCAAUAAUAAUAAAAAAUAAGCGCAAACGCCCCCGCUGUCAGCGGCCGCCUGAGCAACGCGGCGGCGCUGCUUUGGGCCGGGAUGCGCCAGCCGCCGAUCAAUGGGAGCCGCCGCUGCCGCCGCCGCCGCAGCGUUACCGCUCCGCUGCUCCGCGAGACAUCUGCGGCCGCAACAAGAAGAAGGAGAAGAGAAGGAGCCGGCAGGGCGGCGGCGAGGCGGGCCCAGAUUGGCCGCCGCCAUACAGGGAACGCCGUCACGCGUUACCUUUUUUAGGCGCCGACGUCCUCAGCUGUGGGCCCAGCUCGCUAAGCCGGCCACAAUGCGCGCGCCAUCUCCAGACGGAAACAAAGCCCCGGGCGGCCAUCGGCGCCGCACAAAAGAUGCUGCGCCGCACGGCGCGAUCCCCAAAUUGCGAGCAGGCCCGCGUCAUAAUGGCGUGUCCGGCGGCCGCCGAGCUGGGGGGUCCCGACUCCUCUGCCCGCAGCCUCUCCACCUGGUCACCCGGGCCACGAGGGAACCUCCCGUCCCAAAGGCCAGCGGCCCACUGUACUCAUCCUUCCAGUGCGACAGCAUCGGAACUGUCAAGUUACACGUCUCCUUUAAAAUGUGGCUGCAUGGACUCUGGUGGAGAGUUGGCAGUCGGGGCAUCAAGAAGCGACUUCUCUGCCGGUGCUAGAGGGACAGCACGCAGACCGCGGCAUCAGCGUAAGCGACGCGAGCAGCGGCUCCGUGGUAUGGGGCGUUACCUGCUCGUCGCGAAAGGAAUCUUCCUGAGCGUGGGUCCGCAAGGAGCCUAA